CCACCGGCUUCCCGGAAAUGAAGGAAAACAAGGUCCCACAUGUUGGAAGAAGAGCUGCCCAUUUAAGUUUCGGUAAUUCUGCGGAUCUUUGAUGCGUAAUCGACUCAUAACUCAAAGCCAGUCGCUAACCAGAACACUGCGGAGAAGCUGUCGGUUGUUAUAAAUCCUAAUCAUGACCAGCAUACCCAAGAAAGCGAAGCUGAAAAGUGGCGAUAAAAGUAGCAUUGUGAGGAAGAAGAUGGAGGAGACGGCGUUCUCAGGCGACAGCGAGGAAGAGUCCGAUGUCGAAAUGGAAGCAAACUUCGCGCUUCUGACCAAGAACAGGACGAUUGUGGGGGAGGAAGAGAAGGGUGAUGAAGGUGGUGCAUCUAGUGGUGAGGAGGAGAGUGGAGACGGUAGUGAUGAAGAAGAGGAGGAUAGGGGAGAAGGAAGUGAUAAAGAGGAGGAAGAGCGGGGAGAAGGUAGUAGUAGUGGUGGUGAUGAUGAUGAGGAGGAGCAGGGAGAAGGUAGUGAUGAAGAUGAUGAUGAUGAGGGUGAAAGCUCGGAUGAAGAUGAUGAAAGUGGAGAGACGAAGGAGGUGGACGCUGUAGGAAACGCACACACUGAAAAAGAUGUGAAAGAGCUGUCCACCAUGUCCUUUGAGGAAAUCCUGAAGCUGCAGCAGAAGGUUGGGAUGAAGGCCUACAAGAAGAUGGCCCACGGCUCCACCGUCGGCCCGCGGGCCCGCAGAGGAGAGAAACGCCUCAACAAGAACAGGCCCAUAGAGAUUUCCUCCAAGAGAUAUGUCCCGUUCCUGAGGGAGGUGGUCGCAGUGAAGAAGAGUGUGAGACGGGACCCUCGCUUUGACGACCUCUCAGGAGAAUACAAGCCGGAGAUCUUCGAGAAAACCUACCGCUUCAUCAAUGACAUCAGAAGCUCGGAGAAGGAGGAAGUGAAGAAGAUGAUGAAGCGGUCUCAGCGCCCCUCCAAAAAGGAGGAGCUGAAGACCCUGGUUCUGAGGAUGGACAACCAGGAGCGGUCGAGAAGGAGCCAGGAGGUGCAGAGGGAGAAGGAGCUGGAGUUCAAGAGGAAGCAGAAGGAGCAGGCAGCGCAGGGCCUGCAGCCCUUCUUCCUCAACAAGGGCGAGCAGAACAAGCUGCAGCUAGCGGAGAAGUACGAGCAGCUGAAGAGGAGCGGCAAGCUGGAAAAUUUCCUGACCAAGAAGAGGAAGAGGAACGCCACCAAGGACCGCAAGAAGCUGCCUUACCAGAACUACAAAAACCAAGACCAAUAGUCCAACCAGAACUACUAUCACCAGAAUCCAUAGUUACACCAGAACUACAAACCCAAGCCCCACCAGAACUACGAACCCCAGAUCUUUAUGUGUGUGUUUUGAAGGGCUACGAUCCGGAUGUUGAAGUGAACAAACUUCUGGAACUCCGUUUGAAACGGGUCAGUUGUUCAUGUUACACUUCAUUUUAUUCAGUCAAUUCAAAUAAAUGUAUAAAAGUA